AUGUCAAUGAACUUGCUCUCUGCAGUACGUCCCAUUUCGACAUUUCAUUCUAUACGGUACCCCUUGGAAAACGUCGCGUUCAACGGCGCCGCCGUCGCCACCUCGGCCAAGUCGUCCUCCGCCAUGAAGAUGUCGUUCGAGUCGGAGAUCGGCGCGCAGCCUCCCCUCGGAUUCUGGGACCCGCUCGGCCUUCUCGCGGACGCGGACCAGGAGCGGUUCGAGCGCCUCCGGUACGUGGAGGUGAAGCACGGGCGCAUCGCUAUGCUCGCCAUCGCCGGUCACCUGACCCAGCAGAACGUCCGCCUCCCCGGCAUGCUGUCGAACUCGGCGGACCUGUCGUUCGCGGACAUGCCGAACGGCGUGGCCGCUCUGUCGAAGAUCCCCCCGGCGGGCCUCGCGCAAAUCUUCGCGUUCGUGGGCUUCCUUGAGCUGGCUGUGAUGAAGAACGUGGAGGGCUCCUUCCCCGGAGACUUCACGAACGGCGGCAACCCGUUCGCGUCCUCGUGGGACGCGAUGUCGGAGGAGACCCAGGCGUCGAAGCGCGCGAUCGAGCUGAACAACGGGCGCGCGGCACAGAUGGGCAUCCUGGCUCUGAUGGUGCACGAGGAGCUGAACAACAAGCCGUACGUGAUCAACGACCUCCUCGGCGCGGGAUACACCUUCAACUAAGCCACCCACCGACCCA